AAGGUUUGCCAUAUGUGUAACUGUAACCACGUGUACAGUGUAUAGCGACACACACUCAUGGAUCUAUCAUCAUCAUGGUGCUGUUGACUUGACGGAUUAUUUAACAUUACAUCAGAUUUUGCCGAGAUGUGUAUGGGGUUCUAAAUGAUUACGGUCACGUGGGACGAUAAGAAUAAGAUGCAGCGGGAAGAAGAGGGCGCCCGGAAGUGGGUGGUUGUGGUGGCCGCUUUCUUCGUCCAGUUUAUUAUAUGUGGGAUCACGUACAGUUUGGGCAUUUUUCAUCACGUAUUCCAACAGGUGUUUGAACACGAUCACUUCGACACGUCAUGGGCGGGUUCUAUUCUUUUGUAUGUGACCGCUCUUACAAGUGUCGUUAUGCGCUGUUUUAUGAAGUCAUUUGGCUGUCGGAUCAGUGUGAUGCUAGGUGGAGUAUUAUCAGCAACUGGCCUCGCACUGGGAAUGGUCGUGACUGACCUCUACCAGGUUUACCUGACCUAUGGUGUAUUAACAGGUAUCGGUUUCGGUCUGGCGUGCACGCCUUCUAUCAUGAUAGUGGAGCAGCACUUCUACGAGGGUCGAUUUGAGGCCCUAAGUGUUGUGUUAGGAGGGGUUGGUGCCGGUAUGAUCACAUUUCCAAUUGUCAUUCGUACCAUGCUAGAAUAUAUGGCAUGGAGGGGCACCCUAUGGAUGCUAGCUGGGUGUGCUCUAAAUAUUUGUGUGUGUGGCGCGCUCAUGAAGCCCGCUAAGAACGCCAAGGAAAUGCAUUUGAUGCCCCUACUCUCAUGCGUGCCGUUAAGGAACGUGAUAUUCUUGGGUCUGUGCAUUGCUAACUUGUUCUGGAGCUUUGGAUCCACGAUAAUCUACAUGUACCUGCCAUCCUAUUCACUUGAGCAGGGCACGGACUUUGGGCUGUCCAGUUUCCUAAUCGCGUGCGUUGGCAUGUCUAGUUUUACGUCACGCAUGAUAUUUGCCUUCAUGGGGAACAAUAGCACCUUGGACGAUAUGACGUCAUUACUGUGUUCGGUUGGACUAGGUGUGGUAGUAACAGGAAUUUGCCCAUUGCUGUUUGAGGACUUUGCCGGACAGAUUGGCUACACACUAUUGUUUGGAUUCUACAGUGGAUACUGGACUACUUUCCUGUCACAAGCUGCACGUGAACUUGUAGGACCAGAAUAUAUUGCCAUGGGCAACGGCUACUUGUCAUUUAUGAUCGCCCUUGGAUCUCUAAUGGGUGGACCCGCAGCAGGUCUGUUGGUACAAGAAGAAAAUGAGUUUAAAUAUGUUUUUUACCUUGCCGGUUCCUGCCUAUUGUGGAGCUCAAUUAUAAUGAUGUUAUUCAAAUAUCAGAAAUGUGGUUAUCUGACCAUGGGUAAAGAGCAAGAAGAACGACCUUCACACGAACAGAAGGUUCCCCUCGUCUCCAUGUUAGAGGACAACAACAAGGAAAAGGGCAUUAAUCUAAACGAAAAAACGGUCUUCGUACAUGAAAAUGGCGAAGCCAAUGGAAAACCAUAACAUGGGAAGCAAUGGUCACCUCGAUCUGAAGGUCCAGGCGAGAAGGAAACAGAUUCACAGACAAUAAGAGGCAUUCCUUUACUAGUCGACAUGGCUGGACAGUCAAUUGAGUGAAAUAAAGAAUGGUCGUGAAAUGGCAUGAUGUGCAAUUCAUGCAUAUUUAGUAUAUCGCCAUGACUGUGUAGAUUGUAGCAUUCCAGAAUUGCUGUUUGUAUUUAUUAUAUAUAGAUAUUUAUAUGGAGACCUGAAAGAAGUCAGAAACGUCUGUGAUAAAUCGAGUGUGAUACCUAUUACAUCAUGUUGGCCUUGACAGAAACAACUAGGCUUCCAUAGCCACUUAGGAAUUACAGAAAUAUUACCAGUGAUAUUUAGUAUUGUCCUCGAAACAUUGUAUUAUUACUAGUCUAAAAAUUCACUAUGUUCAAACGUGAGAACAUAUUGUACGGGAUACAAUUUUUAGAUAUAAUCGACAGUUCUCUAAUAAGGACAAAUAUUGGAUAUAUCCUGAAUUUGACCACCCCGUUUUCAUCACUAAUACGUUCGAACAGUUUUUCGGGACAAUAUCGGCAAUUGACACAACAGUUCGUAUCGCAUACCUCUCCGCUAAGUUUGGGACCAAUUUGGAAACAACUCAAAUUUUGAUAGUUUUAAUAUUUAUCAUCAUUAAUUAUGCAGUAUAUUUGAGAGUACAAUCACAGAUGACCUAAAUUUGGAUUUCAUUAUCUUAUCUGAGUUUAUUGAUAACGUCAGGUUGGAGGCCCCAGUUUAACCCAGGUGAGGUUAGUAGUUGAUGUAUAAGUAAACAUAUUAGCGAUAUGAUGAAGGCUGACUGGAGCCAGACCUAAAUCAGUAAAGUGAACAAUCUUUUCCAUGUACUCAUCAUCUCUACAUAGGACCAAAGACCUGGAAAAAGGUCUAAAAUCUAAAUAUACAAGUAUUCCUGAAAUCUGAAAAACAAAACUUCUGAGAACGCCGAUAAUGGUUACUGUUUAUUACAAGAUCACAGGCGCCAUAAAAUGGAUCCACGGAGACUGAUAUGGACCAGAAAUAUUUCAGCAACAUUUCUUUCGAGAUGAAUGACAAGUAUAAACUUUUAGGUGUUAAUGUACUUACACUCAGACCAGGGUUAACGAUUCAUUUCCAACAAUCUGUACAGUAUAUUUGGAAAACCAUGGCGUGGAUCAUUCUUGUUUUAUACAGCUAGUCUCUAUGGUGACACAUGGUGGUACAUAGAGAUGUGUGUAUGAUUGUUGGUUGUCUAUUUCAUGUGUUUACUUGAACUUGUAAUCAUAUUAGGUGUUGCUUUUAUUACGCAUUCAUAUUUUGUUAAAUUAAUAUGAAGAGCACAGUACUGCUCUGUGACUUGGGCGGCUUGCCAAAAGUGCUUUCGUGUCCAUCAUAAUUAAAUAUACGUUGGUGAUUAGGUAUGCUAUCGUGAAGGGCUGUAGUUUGAAGCUUUUGAUCGCCCAGAAUUGUUUGCCCUUUUUUCUUAUCCGUAUAUGAAAUAAGUGUGAUAAUGAAGAGUACCAUAUACUACAGUAUCAUUAUUACGCGAAACAAUUUGUUAAUAAUAAGAAUUAUUUAAGGUCUGAGGUAUGGUCCAUUGUUAGAGGAAGUACCUGUUGCUACGGAAUCAUUAGUGUUACAAAGUUCGAAUUAUCAAUGAUGUAGGAGAGUUGUUCAGUUUUGGUUAUCCUUCCAUUCCGUGCGGUCCAAUAGGGAAUUUUUUAAACAAUCCGAGUUAUUCUGUAGAUAAGAUACUGCAAAUAAUAUGUUAUUCUUAUACUUCACUUUCUCAUCUUUACUGUUCUCACAGUCCGAGUAGAUAGGAUUUGAUGUUCAGUACCAUUAUGACAAUAUUUUUCUCCAUUCAUACGUUCUUUAAACUUGUAUUGUUAAUAUUUUUGUUGGUGAUCUAUACAUGUUGCGAGGUUUGUCGUUUGAGGACUUUUAUCCAUGCUGUAUGUGUAUUGCAGUUUUUUUUAUAUAUGGUCUUCUUGUAUAUGUACAGAAUCGCAAAAGAUAAAAAUUGGUUUGAUUUUCAUAAACAAUAGUUUAUGUACUAUUAUGUAAAAAGUGCAUGCCUGGCGGUAAUUAACUGUUCAGUUUGUUUGUAUAAUCUGCAACGAUCAAUGCAAUGUUCACAGUAGGCAGACCUCAGGAGAUUAUCACUGCCAAGCACUGCUGUGUAAAGCCUUCCAUACAGCGCCAACUCCCUUCUGUCUCUACCAUGGUUGUCGUUCUUUGCACCUACAAACGUAUCGUAACGCUCUCUUGAAUGUAUAACAUCUCCCUGCUCAAUUUGGAGCAGUCUAGCGAUGUUACUAAAUUUGAUAAAAUGUUUUAAGAUGAAGUUUGCUAUUUGGUGAACUAUUUUUAUACUUCACAUCAUUUGCUUUGAUUGGUUUGGUUUUUUCUGUUCAUGUGCAAGUCACAAAAUCUGAUAAAAUCGCUGUAUUGAAGAUUUUACACAACAGUGUUAUAAACGCAGGAAUCGACGGUAUCAUUUCUCCACGCUCUCUCUCUCUGUUAAAAAGGUGACACCAGUUUCCGUAUAUUCCGAAUUGUGACAAAAUCGAUUUUAUUUAACCGCAAUUUAAAAUUAAAUGUUUCGGAUUUUUGUAUCCCUCUAAUCCAUUGUUUGAUGAGGAAGCUAUUGUUUGUUUAGGUACUUCGGCUUCGGAAUUAGAGUGAGCGAUGUAGGAAUAGACUUCGAUUAUUAAUACUUUUACUUUUGUAAAUAUGUCAAAAAUAUAUGACGGAUGUUAUCUAUUUGUAGACGUGUUAUUUGUGUGUAUAUAGUGAAUGCGUGUAAACAGAUAUUUGGAUAUGCACUGUAUAUUCUUAUAUUAGUGUAUAUCACUAUGCUUAAGAAACUUUGUCGUUUUUUUUUUUUUUUUUGUCAUUACCGAGUUGUCUGCUCUUUUUGUUAAGUCGUAAACAAGUAAUUUGUUGUUUUACCUUUGAGCAAUUGACAAGAAAUGUGAAUUGGACAUUUGUAUAGUAAAUAUUAUCUCAGAGCUUAACACAAAAACUAUACAAUGUACAUAAUACAGUAUUUUACUUUCUUCUCAAUGUUUAUACUGUUCGGAGAAUUUGAUGGGAACAAAUGGUCGUUAUAAUGCUACAUUUUUAUUGUCGUAGACUACACCACAGUGUUAUUGAACAGAAGGUUCGGGAAUACUACACCAGACGGCACCAGUUAACUAACGUUCGUAUUAUGUUCUUGUUUUUUAUGGUUUUACUUGAAAUAUGAAAUGUGUCGAUUCGGUUCGGGUACUUUAAGAGACAGCAAAAGCGAUGUUUUUAGAUGUUUCCCCUUACAACCCAGAAGUUCUUUUCCCCAGACAAUAUCCAAAUUAUUAUUGGUGCCACUUCUUUUGCAUUGUCUACUCAUUGAUUGUCUGUUGUAACGCCCCAGAUAAAAAAUAUAUCACCGAAAGUUAUUAAAACUUGUCGGUUACGUAAUAAAACACACGUUUGAUUAUUUAUAAAUUAAACAAGCAAGUAAUUGAGUGCUAUUUUAAUUUAGUGUUAGAUGUCGUUUCAUUUUGUAUCAUUUUAAAUAAGAUGUGCCAGAUGUGCAUAAAGCAAUUUAAGCAUUUGUUCUAAAAACAUGAUUGUUAUGUUUGAAUAGUUCGAUAGUUUGAUACUGAGUGGUUCGGAAAUGUUCUGAUCAUACGUUACAUAUAUAUUAAGAUUGUUAGAGAUGAAUGUUACUGUUCUCAAUUUCGGUUAUGUAAAGUACAGCACAUGUUUGGAUAUCAUGGUGUCUAUUGAAGUAAAUCUUUCCCCGGAAUCAA